CAUGAUGUGUAGCACCGUUAUUUGCACAUUCAGGUAUGACAUAAAGUAUAAAUACCCUCUCGAACAUCAAGUAUCGAACAGUUGAGAUCUCUCUCAUAUGCGCGACCUGCACGUAUUCAAAAGAACGCAGUUGCAAAAAAGCAAGAUGAAGUGCGUUAUUUUCACCAUUUUCCUUAUCAUUGCCAUGGCUAUGGCUGCACCUCAAGGAGAAAAACAGCCUUCGUGCAGUCCCAUGUAUGGGCGCUGUCAAGUUUUUGAAGAUUGUUGUCGCUAUCUGCAAUGUUUAUCUUACUCUGCUAAAUGUAUACCAAUACAAGGUUUGAUUGUGCCUGGAAAAGAUCAAAGACCACUUGGCCCUGGACCGUAUCCUCCAAACGUACCAUUGGACUAGUAUGGUCAUUGCUUUUUCUUAUGAUGUCUCUAAUCAUCCUUUACAUUGAAUCUAUAUUCUUUAUAUUUAAUACCAUUCUUGGCAAAAAAGUUGUCGCAUAUUAAAGCUUAAAUAAAGAACAUGUAAAAACUAUCAA